UAUUUCAUUUUAUUUGUGGUUUGUAUAGCUACAGAAUCGAAACUUGCUGCUUAAUUAACUAGUCCUGUGCUAACCUGCAGGUGGUUGUUUUGUUGUUGUUGUUUCGAGUUCAUGAAGUUUGUGAUGUGUUUAAUUAGUGAAGUCAGUGAUGAGGAAGGAAUUUUAGUGUCAAGAUCAACAAAAAGUUAAUCAACAAGUUACACGGCAGGUCUGUGCGUACGCAUGUUUCUAUGCGUUAUGCUAUGCAGUGCACUGUGCGUACAACUGGGAGCCGUUUAGGAUUUGACUCACCUGAAUCAAGUUGACUCAUUUGAAUCACUGACGGUGUUAUUGGGCGUACACAGCCCAAUCAGUAAACUGGCUGUUUUUUUUCGGUAUGGUGAAUAUUUGUUGAUCAUUUGCAUUUCAAAACGUGUUACAUGAAGGAAGAUUUUCUCAAAACACUGACGAUAGGAUUGAACAGAGUUUUAUCAGAAUUGAAAAUAAUAGACUAUAACUUAUUUCUUCUUGAAAGAAGAGGAGACUUUGUUUGUGGCACAACAAGCUAUGUAUUUACAAAAUAGUGCUAAAGCAAUUAUUAAUGUGUUUAGAAAAUACUAUAAUUUCUAUCAAGAAUGCAGACAAAAUGAAGCGAUGUUCAUAAGUUGUUGGGAAAUAGAUAUGAAGGAAGCAGAUACAGAUGUAAUAACUUAAUUUUAGUAAAUUUUAGUACUUAUAAAUUUAUCCAUCGAUAGAUGGUUAAAAUAAAGCAGUAUGCUGGUAAGACAUACGAUGGUGAUCAGUGAUUGGAUGUUAGGAAUGAUGGUGAUCGGUGAUUGGAUGUUAGGAAUGAUGGUGAUCAGAUGUUAGGAAUGAUGAUGAUCGGUGAUUGGAUGUUAGGAAUGAUGAUGAUCGGUGAUUGGAUGUUAGGAAUGAUGAUGAUCGGUGAUUGGAUGUUAGGAAUGAUGCUGAUCGGUGAUUGGAUGUUAGGAAUGAUGGUGAUUGGAUGUUAGGAAUGAUGGUGAUCGGUGAUUGGAUGUUAGGAAUGAUAGUGAUUGGUGAUUGGAUGUUAAAAAUGAUGCUGAUCGGUGAUUGGAUGUUAGGAGUGAUGGUGAUUGGAUGUUAGGAAUGAUGGUGAUCGGUGAUUGGAUGUUAGGAAUGAUAGUGAUUGGUGAUUGGAUGUUAAAAAUGAUGCUGAUCGGUGAUUGGAUGUUAGGAAUGAUGGUGAUUGGAUGUUAGGAAUGAUGAUGAUCGGUGAUUGGAUGUUAGGAAUGAUGAUGAUCGGUGAUUGGAUGUUAGGAAUGAUAGUGAUUGGUGAUUGGAUGUUAAAAAUGAUGAUCAUCAGUGAUUGGAUGUUAGGAACGAUGAUGAUGAGUGAUUGGAUGUUAGGAAUGAUGAUGAUGAGUGAUUGGAUAUUAGGAAUGAUGGUGAUCAGUGAUUGGUUGAAGGGAACAGUGGUGGUCAUUGAUUGGUUCGCUAGAUUUUUUGCUGGUUUCUUUUUUUUGCAUUUUUUUUUUGCAUUUUUUUUUAAUGUGAAAAAUUCACAAAAUUGGCAACACUGGCUGAAAGACCGAACAUUUUGCUGAAACUGCUCCCCUGAUGGCUAGUCAUGAUUUAGAUGAUGACGUCUCUCUGACUCCACCCUCUCCAGGCAAGACGACGAAGCAGCACAGCUCACCUGAAACAUGGUCCAAAAAUGACGUCAGUCAGGAUGCUGACAAUGCAUCAGAUGGAAAGAAGUCACCAACAGAGCAGAAGGAUGGUCAGACAAGGACGUAUAGCUAUAUGAGCCCAAUCAGCAGUGAUAUAGAUGACAUACCAGAAAAGCCUCGAAGAAGAGAUCGUGCUAAACAGGCCAAGAGGCAAUCCACGAAGAGUUCACACUCUAAAAGAAGAGGAAGCAUAAAAAAGACACAAAGACGUAGUAAUAUCAGUCCAGCUAAAAGUGAGUCUGAGCUGGAAGAUUACAUUUCGGAGGUGUCACAGAAGAAAAGGGGUCGGGCAAGAAAACAAGCGAAGACGUCACUAAAGGGCUCAGACCUGGACUCCAGAAAUGGUGUCACCGGGAAAGCAGGGGCUAGAAAGCGACAAAACAAUAAACAGUCCAGUAGCCAUGUUUCAACAGACAGCGAUUCUGAAACGUUCUCUGAUAAGUUGACAAAGAAAGCACCCACGUCUAAAAAGUCAAAAGAAAAGUGUAGACUGUCUACAGAAAAGGUUGAGCGAACAGACCACAGUUUAUCUGACUUGGACAGCAGCAGAGCAAGGGGUGGUAGCAUGUCUGAGGAUGAAGAAGCUAAAGACUCCAAAGCCAAAAACAGUGCCAAAAAAUUCCAAAGAAGAAGCGAGCACAGACAUUCAGAUUCUGCAUCCUCCGACAAUGAAGAGGACGUGAAAGAGAAGCCAAAAAAGGGGUGUGUCAAAGUAACUCCGAAGCGGAAGGAUCAAGCUUUAAAAAAUUUACUUGGGGAGUCUGAUCACCCGGAGCAGCCUACAGAGGGAUCACGUAAGCCACGAGUUAAGAAAAAAGAGAGACAGGGUCCUCGUAAAGCUGUUCCCAUUGAGUGUGAAAUAUGCGGUCGCAGUAUCCGGUGCAAAGCCAUACUGGAGAGGCACAUGCUCUCACACACAGGAGAGAAGCCAUUUGAAUGUGAUGAGUGCGGCAAGCACUACACCAGCAGCUCCAACCUGCGCAUCCACCAGCUCAGCCACAGCGGCAAGAUGGACUACGUUUGCAACGAGUGUGGCCAGAAGUUCACUCACUUGCCAUAUCUGAAAAGACACCUGCUGAGGCACUCAGGGAAGAAGAUGCACAUUUGUGAACACUGUGGCAAAGGCUUCAUCCAGAAGUACCACCUUCUGCGCCACAUACUGGUACACACUAGGCAAACGCCGCAUGUCUGUGAUAAGUGUGGCAUGAGCUUCAACCGUACAGACUACCUGAAACUACACCUGCGCAAUGUCCACCUGAUUGAAAGUAACAUACCCGAGGCAAAGCCAGAAAAACUUUAUAAGUGUGAGACAUGCAAUAAAUCCUUUGCCAGCCACACUUCACUGGAAACACACAAACGCAUACACACAGGGGCCAUGCCGUAUUCGUGUAUUAUAUGCUCACGCCAGUUCAAACAGUCAAGUCACCUGUAUUCACACAUGUUCACACACUCCAGUGAGAAGCCGCAUGCAUGUAACCUCUGUGAGCUCAAGUUCACUCGCAAAACCUACCUGCGAAAGCACAAAGAAAGGGUGCAUAGUAGAGUCGGAGAAUCCCAAAGUUCUUGACUGUUUCUCUUGCAUGGCCUAAUUUGAGCACACUUUGAGAAUACUCAACUUUCACAUAGACAGAUUCAAAACACCUCUAGGGAAAAAAAGAGUCUGAGUUGAAUAUUUUUUAAAAAUCUUGUACUUAAAAUAUUGGAACUUUUUUCACCAUUAAUUCUAGUAUAGUGGCAAAGCAGUUUUGUUGUUCAUAGGAAUUUAGUGUAUGUGAAAGUUGGAAAAAUACAAAUAAUUUUUGUUUUCUCACAGUCAGUCCUUCCCCUUACAAGCUACUCAGUUUUAAUUAAAAAUUAUGACUUUUCUGUACCAGCA